GGGUCCCCGUGGGCACGUUGAGUGUGAGUGAGAUUGAGGAGCAGCUGCAGGUAUGUCCCUUCCGUCUCUAUCGAUUCCCCGUCAACAACUAGAAGAGCGUCGUCCCACGUGUGGAAGGCGCAGACACAUCAAUGGCAAGGCAUCGUCGUGUUGACUCCCCCAGCAAUGCCCCCUCGUCCAGGCCCUCAACACGCACAAAGUAGCCACCAACCCCACCACGUCGUCCGUCUCCUCCCAGGUCUUCAGCUUCCUCUUCCCUGGCAGCCCCGCAGUCAACGCCCUCCUCGCCACCCUGUACAUCUCGGGCCCGCCAAACUUCCUCCUCGCGCUAUGUCCCCCCAACAUCGACCCCUCGUCGCUGUCCGUCAUGGUAGCCUUCGCCGUGGGCGGACUGCUGGGCGACACCCUCUUCCACCUGCUGCCUGAGAUCUUCCUGGGCGAGGACGAGCACGACAAGGUCAAGUUUGUCAUGGUGGAGCCCAACAAGAACCUUUUGCUUGGCGUCGCCAUCAUGGUCGGCUUCAUCACCUUCGUGGCCAUGGACAAAGGCCUGAGGAUUGCGACGGGCGGCGCCGGACACGACCACUCGCACGGCCAGGCCCACUCCCACGACACGAUCGAUGCAUCUGCCACCACUACAGGCGCUUCCAUCACUGACGAUAAAGACUCGCUCCGCGCCCGCAAGCCAGCCAACACCACCACGGCCGUUGCAGAGACGGAAGCAGAGAAGGAGAUCAACGCCAGCGUUAAACUCGGCGGCUACCUCAACCUCAUCGCCGACUUCACCCACAACAUCACUGACGGUCUCGCCCUCAGCUCCUCCUUCUAUGCCUCCCCUACCAUUGGUGCCACAACCACUGUCGCCGUCUUCUUCCACGAGAUCCCACAUGAGGUCGGCGACUUUGCUCUGCUCAUUCAAUCAGGCUUCAGCAAGCGUGCAGCCAUGGGCGCGCAGUUUGUUACUGCCGUCGGUGCAUUUCUCGGCACUUGCAUCGGCAUCGCCGUGCAGGAGUUUGGCGGAUCGGCCAAGGCUGGAACUGAGGGUCCCGUAGUGGGGCUGGCGGGAACGAGCCUGCAGUGGGGCGAUCUGCUGCUGCCAUUUACCGCCGGUACCUUCCUGUAUGUCGGAACCGUGGCAGUCAUUCCUGAAUUAUUGGAGACUGGGCCAGAUAGGGGCAAGGAGGUCAGGAAGACGGCUAUGCAAUUCGCCGCCAUGGCUACGGGUGCGGGUAUCAUGCUUGCGUAAGUUUGUUUGUAUUUUUUGUGUAAAUGUGGCUAAUUUGUGCAGCAUCUCGUGGACCUAGUCGAACCGUUAAGAACAUCGCCAUGUUCU